AUGGCAUCUGCUCAAGAUUCCAGAUAUGGCCAGAAAGAUACAUCUGACCAGAACUUUGAUUACAUGUUCAAACUCCUCAUUAUCGGCAACAGCAGUGUUGGGAAAACCUCCUUUUUGUUCCGAUAUGCUGAUGAUUCCUUUACAUCUGCAUUUGUAAGCACAGUUGGGAUCGAUUUCAAAGUAAAAACAGUUUUCAAAAAUGAAAAAAGAAUUAAGCUACAGAUUUGGGACACGGCAGGUCAGGAGAGAUACAGAACAAUUACCACGGCUUACUACCGGGGUGCAAUGGGCUUCAUUUUAAUGUAUGACAUCACAAAUGAAGAAUCUUUUAAUGCCGUGCAGGACUGGUCAACUCAAAUCAAAACAUACUCUUGGGAUAAUGCCCAGGUUAUUUUGGUCGGUAACAAAUGUGACAUGGAGGAUGAACGGGUAAUCUUCACUGAGAGAGGCAAACAUUUAGCAGAGCAACUUGGAUUUGAAUUUUUUGAAACAAGUGCCAAGGACAACAUUAAUGUCAAGCAGACAUUUGAGCGACUUGUGGAUAUCAUCUGUGACAAAAUGUCAGAAAGUCUGGAGACAGAUCCCACCAUUGCUGCCACCAAGCAAAACACACGGCUAAAGGACACCCCUCCUCCACAGCAGCCCAACUGUGGCUGUUAAUGCAGCUAUCAGCAAAGGCAGCUCCAGUGUGUUCUGUUGCCAACAGAGUGUUUAUGAAUCGUCUAUAUGCCUUUAUUUAUACUGUCUUAUUAAUUUAUUUGGGAGAAAAGUCUUUUAUUUUACAUCAGCAGCUGGUCAAGUAUGUAUAUGGAGAUAGGGAGGUUUUUAGUUUGAAAGGACAAUCUGAUUUUUAGCAUCUGGCUUUUGCAUGCAGGGUGGCUAUUAACUUCUCUUUUCACUGUUUUACAUUUCACUUACUUCAGCUGGUGCCAUGCCCUCAGACCACAUUUACCUAGAAUUGACUCUUGCUUCAUCAGUUUCAAAUUAUAUAGUUGUAUCUUUAGUGUAGUGGCCAAGGUGUUUUAGCAUAAGCUUCCUGAUGCUACUUAUAUUUAUUUUGUCCUGACUGAAAAUCAAUUUAGAAAUAUUCCUUUAGUGAACUAAUUCCUCAUUCUGUCCAGAACAUUUCUAUAAGGAACAAUUCCUGGAGCAUAUUGCCUUGGCAAGUCUACACUCAUAUUAUACAUCAUAACUGAUUGGGAAUUGAAGAAAUUAGAAAGAAAUUAGUUCCUAGACCCAAAGCCACCAAACUUCCAUGUGAGUUUCCAACUGGAUGUGGAUAUUCAGUGUAGUCCUUCAGACAUAUUAGGUACUUCAUCCUCUUUGGAUAACUGAUAUGCUUACAUUUCCAUGGGAGCUGCACAUCUAUCUAACACCUUUCUGAAACUGGACUUAAUUUCUCAUUUCACCAUUACGGAGAUCCCAGUAGUACCUACCGCAGUAGUGGAGGGCUGAAUAGCUCUUUCCAUUUCUACCUGCCUGAGGCAUCAAACACACAGUUCUAUAUUACCCCUGAUGGAGCCAAAUCCAUUACAUUUAGUAGUUCAUAGCUAAAAAUUGUCUUGUUGUGUUGCUGUCAAACCUGCAUACUUAAGUUUUUCAGGAAUUUCAUCUCCCAUUCAGUCCCUGAGUCAACCAUCACCACACUAGUUACAAACACCUGUAUUUUACUCAGACCUAUUGCAGAAGUGCUGCUGGUGUCAGUGAUCUGGAGUUUGACAUUAUUUUUAUUUUGAUGAGGAUAUCUAUUUUGACAAGGCAAUCAGUUUCACGAUGUUUAAAAACUUUAGGAGUAAUAAAAAAUUGUCAACAUUUCUAGUGUUAGGCUGAAUACAUUCAUAAGAUUAGCAAAAGGCUGUGAAGAUAGCAGGAUAAAGUACACAAAUUCUUUUUUAAUAAAGUGUUAAAAAUAGUCAUAUUUCACAGUUUAAGAGUGCUCCUUUAGUAAUUGGUGGCAGUUUCUUACAUCUGUGCCCUGGAGUACUUUGUACAACAGCUUUAUUUGCGUCACAGUGACAUUUUUUGACUAAACUGCAUAAUUGAAGAAGCAUUAACUGUUUUAUUGUUCCAGUUAGACAGAAUUUAGGACAAGGCUGACAUUUCUUAAGCUGUCUGCAAUGGGAAAAAUCAGAAGACAAAUCAAAAAAGAAGUAACAUAAGGUACUGCAAACUGCUCACAACUGCAAAGAAAUCUCUCUACAGACAUUAUGGUUUUUUGAAUGUAAUUUAUAUAACUCCUGAAAUACACUAAGAGAAAAUGAUCACCUUUUUUUGUAUGAUUAAAUAACCUACAUACACUUUGACAGAGUAAAAAUUACUUCCAAACUCAUGUAGACACAUGUAAAUUGGAUGUGCCAUCGGGCACUAUAUUGGCUGCCUAACUUAAAUGGGUAAGUGUUUUUUCUUCAGUCUAGGGUUUUAAAGCAUAUAUUUCCUAUUAGCUAGUUUACUUAAACACUUGUUUUUCCAGUAGACAUGGAGACUGGACUUAACUUGUUUACUUCCAUGAGAGAAAGCACUGUCCUUUUGGGGCUGAUGAGCAGCCAGAUGGAAGAGGCAUGUGCUAUCUCAACCAUAACCCUGCCUCUCUUCAGGGAUGUUCCUUUCUUUCCCCCAUCUAAGGCAGCAUGUUGAUCACUGCUGAGAGACUGUCAUUAGUACCUCUUCACCCACUAGGUACCAGCUGCUUUGGAAGAAGUGAUAAGAUGCUGAGGAAGCUUUGUGUGAGAUGAUGUGCAGUUUUCCAUCCUUUCCUUGUUAUGUGCAGUUAUUCCUUCUGGAGAAAAAUGAGCAGGGAAGCCUUGAGACAGCACUCAGCCUCAGCCCUUUAGAAAGGGUUUAGGUUGUAUAAUUAGUCUGAGCCAUCUCAGGUGAGGCAGGGGGAGAGAAGGACAUAGUCACAUCUUACACGAGUUUAGGCAUAUACUGGAUCAUGCAGCAUGGCUACAAGUGCAAGUAUACUUCCAGCUUUCCUCUGGGAUGCUUGCUGCAAAAUUGUCACCUCCUGUGCACAUUGUAAUAAGGAAAAAAAAAAUCAAGAUGGCCCUUGCUACAGCCACACCUUGCUUGCACUCCAUUGCAAUGAAUUCAGGACCCUCUCUGCCUCUUUAUGACCACAUAGACCUCUAAUCAGUGGUGGCAAUGUAUUAUUGGUGUAUAUCUUUUUAAACAAAUUGAGUGAUAGAUAAAUAGUACCUUUGUUAAAUUGGAUUAAUUAUUUGCUUUUCAUUUUGUGUCAAGUCUGGGCAGAAAAGUAACAGCAAAAUCUAAGAGUGAGAAUAUCUCUUCCAUGUUUCUGAGACAACUAACCUCCCAGGCCUCCAACAUGUCUCAUCUUCUGCAUGGGAUGGAGAGGAUGGAGGAAGCAGCUGCCAGAGUAACAUUGUUCAUUAGACUGCCAGCCAUGUGUGAUAAGGAAAAGGCACAUGUGGAGGACAGCAGGAGAAUCAGACAAUAUUUAAAAGCUCCUAGGAUCUUUGUACUGACACUCGGACAUUGUCAUAGAGUUCAGAAUUAGUCAGCUUAAUUUUUAAAGUGUUCACAUCAAAUCCUUGAACUUUUUCAAGACCAGACUGGCUAAAGCCCUGGGCAGACUGCUCAGACCUCUUAGUAAACACUGCUCUGAGCAGGAGGUUGGGAAGGAUGACCUGCUGAUGUCCCAUUGAACCCAGUUUAUUUUACCAUCCCUUCCUCUGAAAUUGAAAAUGUGUGGAAAUUCAGGUAGACCUUUUCUUAACAAUCGGGGUUACCUACAAUUGGAAAAGUAGGGUUUUAUUUUCCAUCACAGGUUGGCUAUUGCAGCCAGAUAUUUCACAGCAAUAUUGAGUUUUCUUCUCUAAAGUUUGGUCACAUUUAGAUCAGGAGCAUCAUGAUCUCGGUAACUCUCUCAACUGGAACCUGGCUAUUGCAGAGAAGCACAGAUGAGAGAAAGGCUUUUGAGAAGUAAUUUACUAUCCCUUCUCCAAACACUCUAAAAAUCUAGUUUUAAUUCUGAGGAAACUAGUAAGAUUUGGAUUUUAAUGCUAUUUAAAAUUAUGACUUGGCCUGUUCUUAGGGUAGGAUAUCCAAAAGCAGCCUGUGUCAGUCUAGUGUGGCUCCUUCAAUCUAGUUUGGCUCCUACUGACUUCUGUGAUGGAACUGCAAUUUUCUUAAAUAUGAGUUAGGCUGAACACUUCUGGAAAUCCCAUCCCAACCUGAUCAAGGGCCAAAGUUUAAACAAUAAAUGGCUUGUUCUUCACACAUAUCCAAUUGUCACUGAUUAUGAGUUGUUGGAGGAGACAAGCAGUAUUUGGUUAAAUCCCUGAUCUAUUCACUGGUGCAGCACAGUUCCAUCAAAAGAAAGUACCAGGAUAAAAAGAAUUAUAUUCUAGUGAUGCAAGAGGUCUGGAUCAUUAAAUUGAAACCUGGGAUAAGAGAUCCAAAACUACUUUCAGCCUCAUAACAAUUGUUUGUGUAAUUGUACUUGCACACUUUGCACUAAUUUGUUGUCAUUUUCAGCACAGAAGACUGAAUGUCAUGGAGCCUUAUUGGUGCAGUCUCAGAUAACACCUUCAGCUGAGAUUUAGGUCACUUUCUGAGAUACAGUAGUUGACACACAGAGCAUAUUACAUUUCUGAGAGAGGGUCCUGAGCUCCAUGGUGCCAGCUGAACUAAUACUACACAAACCAUUUUCCAAGUUAUGAUCUAGACUAUAGCUUUUAGCAGCAGACUAAUCCCGUGCAUGGAUAAUGCACCGGCCUUAUCGUUCUCUGACAGUGUCUUGCUUGUUGCAUAUUCAGAUGAGUGCUCAGAAAUUGCCUUGGGGGCACACAUGAGCAUGGGAUGUGACUGGUUCCUGCAGUGCCUCCUGGCACCGACCUGCUGAACACAAGCCCUGCUGGGUUGAAACUUCAGGCGCAUGUUUUUGAUUCUGAUAAGAGUUCAUGUUCACAAGCAUUUUGGUCCUUAUAGCGCAACUAACUCAAUACUGUAUCUUGUUGUUAUUGUUUUGUUUAUUUAGACCUGUUUGUUUGGUGUUUGAAAUGCAUAUGAACUAGCCUGAUUUUCUGUCACAAAACACUCUCACUCUGAACAGCUGUGUAUGUGACUGUUACCUGGAAGUGUUUUGUUCGUUUGUGUUUAUAAUUAAUGUAAUGCCUAGAGAAACUACCUGAGCAACUACGUCUAUGUGGCCUUUCCAGAGCACCAGUCUGAAAGAUUUCUUCCCAGUCUGCUCAGCUCUGUAUAUUCAGCUGUAACACAUCCACCUUCUUUAUUUUAGGCAUGAAGUGCUAUUUCAGGAUGCACAAAAUCUGCUGGAGUUUGAUCCUAACUUUGAGAAUGCUUUGCACUCGUACUUUUUAGGAAAAAAAAUGGUCUUACAAAUUCUACACCUGAUAGUGAUGCCUUUGUCUCUUCAACAGCAGAUGAAUGAUGCUGCUUUUGCAUUCCAAAAGAAGUCCCCAUCCAAAAUUUCACCCCUCCCCAACUACUCUUUUCUAUAUUUGUUUGUGAGAGGCAAGUUUUAUUAUUUGCUUUUUUGAGGGCAUUAACUAAAUGCCUGUUCUGCUGAUAGACAGAUUCCACCUUGGCCUGUUUCAUACAGACAGACACACAGUGUAUGAGCCUAGCUAUCCUUUAGGAUGGCAGAUUUAGAGAUGUGAGACCGUGAGUAUGCAAAUCCUCACAGAUAAACCCUCAGGGGGUGUAAAGCAACAUGUCUUCAUUUAUGCCAACAGGAGAGUGAGUUGUGUUGAUUUACACCAUUUAAUCCAUACACAUAGUCUCUUAAUCCAUACACUCUGACUCCAGAUACUCCAAGGUUCAUUAUUUGUCAAGUCUCAUUUAAAGAUGCAAUUUAUUUCAAUUAUUUAAAUAAUUGGUACGUUUUCUUUAUUAAGGCGUAGAUGUAGUUUACCUUUGCAAUUUAAGCUUUUAUUAUUCUUUUUUUUUUUUCCUCAUUUCUUCUUACUUUGUUUAUCCAUGGAUGUUCAUUGAAACAUAAAUUGUAAUUACAUGUAUAUAGUAUACUCAGUAUACACAGCAGUACAUCUUUGACACUCAUUCAUUUCCCACUGUUACUUUUUCAUGUUCAGUGCAACCUUCCCUAAAUGCCACAGUAGAAGUUAUUCAUAAAGUCUCAGCACCAGAAAUCAGUUGGGUUACAUCUGCAGACCGUAGGUUUAUUAUCCACGGUUCCAGCAAAUGUAGCUGGCUUGUCAUUUGUAGAAUAAGGUACCUGGUAUUUGAUUUAGGGGGGAAGUAAAAGUCCUAAUCUUCCAGUAAUUCCAGGAUCAUGAAUAACAUGCAGAAAUGAAAGCUAGAGAUUCCUACCACUUCUGGUGAUAAAUUUCCUCAAGUAAUUCUGACAUGUACCUGCAACUAGUGUUAAAUUAAAUGUUUGUGCUGUAACUCCUGUUUCAUAUUUUGUCAGUAACGUCAGAUGUGUCGUGGCUCAGUUGGACUGUCAGAAUGUGUAACCUAUAUACUAGUGUUUGUAAAAUUCAAAUGUCUUAAGUGUUGCAUGAAAAUAUGUUAUAAAAAUAGAUAUCUUUUCUAUUUUUGAAUACCUCAAAACUGAGGAAUCAUGGGCCAAUAAGUGCAAUAUUUAAUUAUUUACUCAGUGUAUAUAAACGUGUGAAAGGGAGAAGUGUCGUGUGUGUGAUAAGCUGUUGAUGAUGCCUGUGUGGCUUAAGAUUUCCAGUAGAUGUAUGUGUCUUGUAGUAAAAUUUAUAUAGUAAACACUUUGCCAGUGUAGUGUAAGAAUAUUCUUAAGUCAUUUAAACUAUUUUUCACAUAUAAGACAAUGGUAAAAUAUAUCUGUAUGUUUAUUGCAAGUGCAUGUCAAUUUUACUUUUAGAGUUGCGAGUAUCCUUCCUGAAAAUUAUCAUGUUACACUAACACUAGUGGGACAGUGCUUUCAGUCAGAAGAUGCUUGUAACCAUUUCUAAACUAUCUCCCUAUAUUUUUAAAGCAUAUUCUCUAGAGGCAUCAGAAGAACCCCCUAGAGCUCAUCAGUUAUGGUGAGUUACUUAUUCUUAAAUAAUCAGGUACAUGCUCUGUCUGCCUGUAUCACAUAAUAUGUGGGCAUGUUUUCUUUAAUCUGAUACAGAUAACUCAUAAUAGUUAUCUGAAUAUCAAAUAUGAAUACCCAAUACUCUUGCAGAUGACUCAGCAAACUUCAGUCGGUGCCCUGAGUUAACAUUUUUGGGAACAGCUUAAAGGUCACAGUCAGACUGGUCCAGCACAGUAGAUGGUGACCUUAAUUAGUGACUUCUGCCAAUUAAGUUUCUUAACAUUUCUAGAUCCUAAAGAUGGAAGAUACAUCCUUAAAUAUAUUGACCCAGACUCUUCACUCAACUGUUACAUGGCCCUCAAUGUUGAAUAGCUGCACUGCUAGCAGUAAAGCUGAGAUAUAAAUCAAAUCCAGCCCAAACAAAAUCCACUUCAGAAUCUAACCUUGAAUCUAAAAGGAGAAAUUCAAUCAUUUCUUUUCCCUUUCCUGAUGUCCUUGCAUAUUUCUAAUAGUUCUUCAAGCACACGAGGAAGGCCAUUCCUAUUCAGCAAAACCCUUGGAUAUAUCUGGGGCCUUCAACUCUGAAUCACUGACUGGUCAUGUGUUCCCAGCUGUGCCCGCAGACUCUGCAUAUGAUAAGCUCAUUCUGUUAAUUCUUGCUACAUCUCUGGUUUCAAAGGAACAUGUCAGGAAUUUGUCAAAUAGAGAUAGGCUAAUGAGUCUGGGCCAAGGGGAGUAACUGGUUUUGCUGAACAAUUUCGUAACAAUUUUUAUUAGUACUAUAUUAAAAGGUAUAUAAGUAGAUUUUUAGUUUGAUCUGAUGCAUUUUUCUGACAAUGUACAAGGUUGAUUUAGAUUUGAGUGGUUUUUAAAUUAUCUUAAGAAAAGAACGAAACUCUUAAGGCCUACUGGAGACCUGUGUCACAGGAGUCCUGUCUUAUGUCAUCAAAUAGUUUGAGAAAGUAAAGUAGCCAGAUUACAUUAAGUAACACAGGACAGUACUUGCAAUGACCUGAACAGCCCUCAAAAUUCUCCUUUUUUUAUACGUUUUGCCAUGAAAACAACUGCAAAAGUAUACAGACUGGAGUGAAAUGAAAAUGCAUGUGGAGAGAAAUUUGGCAUUGCUUAAUAAAAAAGGAAAAUUCUUGAUGUCUUUGUAGUUGAGCAGCAAAGUAACAGUCAUAAUAUGAGGUACCACUUAAAUCCAGAUAUACAGAUGUCUACAGGACUGAGGAUGAUUUACCUAAACUUUUUAUUACUAAGUGACCUGACUGUUUAAGGGCUGGCAGAUAAUUUUACCUAGCAUUUUUAUCAGUCCUCAUAGACAUGUGAUUACAUCCACAAAUAUAAAUGCUUACAUUGAGAACAUGUAAUUGUUUUGGCUCCCUCAAGCUAACUUGCUUGCUGAAUUGUUCUUGAAGAAAAUUUGAAGUACUUGCUUAGGAUACAUUUUUAAGGGGGUGAGACUCAGUCUGUCCAUCCUCCUCUGACUCCUACUGCAAUAUAGUUACUGUGGUUCUAAAAAAUGUUAGUUUAAAAUUCUGCUGGGUGACAUAUUUUGUGAAUCUUCUGCAUACAUCCAUGGGAGCUCUUGUCUGAAUGUGAAGUACAAGUUUUAUCCAUGUGCAGAGUUUUAAUUCUAUGUGGACGUAGAGACCAUGUGUAUUCCAUUGGAUAUUCUGUUUGUAUGUGACUUCUGUAUACCAAGUGGAUUUUGUUUGUUCAAUUUUUUUGUUGGAUUUUUUUUUCCUUUUGAAAUUACAAUAAAUAUUCAAGAGAC